GCUUAGAUCAGAUCAGUGCACUGGAAAUAUGAGAGCUUCACUGGUCUGCUGCGUAGCCCUUGCGGCGCUAGCGUACGUAAGCUGUAGAACUACCCGGGAGAAACGCGAUGCAGACUUGGAGGUAGCGGCCAGCCAUCAUGGUGGCAAGUGGGACAAGGGUGGCGGACAUGAACACCAUGCUCAUCAUCAUCACGAUCACGGGGAAAAGGGACACAAAGGAUACAAAGGACACCACCACCACGAGCACGGCAAGAAAGGUCACCACCAUCAUGAAGGACACAAAGGUCAUCAUGACGAACAUGGCGGACACAAGAAGCAUCAUCACCACGAUGAUGGACAUCACCAUGAACACCACCAUGGCGAGAAGGGCCAUAAGGGACAUGGUCAUCACGAAGAGGGUCACUACCAUAAAGGACACUCCACCAAGGGACAUCACGGAGUACACAAGCACGACGAGUUUAAGAAAGAAAAGCACUUCCAUGAUCAUCACCAUGACGGCGGACACCACGAGCACCACGGCGGGCAUCACGAGGAGCAUGGACACAAAAAGGGAGGAGAGUUCCACAAGGGACACAAGCAUCACGGCCACCAUGAGCAUGAACAUGGUAAGAAGGGUCACCACGAGGAGGGAGGACAUCACCACGACCAUAAGGGACAUCAUGAAGAAGAUGGUCACCACCACCAUCAUCAUCAUCAUCAUGACCACGGAAAGAAGGGUGGCCAUGAGCACCACAAGCACUGGGGCCACAAGAAGGGACACAAGUAAAUGUUUCUCUGAGACUGAAAUCUGCCG